AGUCCUCAGAAGGGAAGCAGGAUCUGAAAGUUAGAAGAAGUCAGUACCUGAAAGGUUCCGAUGGAGUUUGAAAAGACCAUCAAAUCCAAAUCCCCGAUUUUACAGGUGAAGGGGUACUGGUGAACGACCAGGGAACUAGCAAGAAGUCAUCCUCUAGUUCUACUAUAGAGAAUUAAAACACGCCUGUAGGAAGCUGGGACCAAUCCGAGGGCAUUGGCUCAGUGGGCCUGAAGGAAGACGUUGCAAUGGAGGGUUGCAGGACCGCAAAAGCAGAUUCCUCGUGCUGUUCCAGAUGAAUUAUGAGUCCGUGGUUCUUCAGAGAAAAAAACAGCUUGAUUUGCCCUUGAGUAUAACAAUAGUCGAUGGCUGAGAAGAAUUGUUUGCUGUCGUCAUGUGUGUCAGGCUGGUGGGGUAGCAGGUGUCUGUGUUGACUUGAUAUUAUUUCCUCUGGAUACCAUUAAAACCAGGCUGCAGAGUCCCCAAGGAUUUAAUAAGGCUGGUGGUUUUCGUGGAAUAUAUGCUGGCGUUCCUUCGACUGCUAUUGGAUCCUUUCCUAAUGCUGCUGCCUUUUUUAUCACCUAUGAAUAUGUGAAAUGGUUUUUGCACUCUGAUUCAUCUCCAUAUUUGAUGCCUGUGAAGCACAUGUUGGCUGCCUCGGCUGGAGAAGUGGUUGCCUGCCUGAUUCGAGUCCCUUCUGAAGUAGUUAAGCAGAGGGCACAGGUAUCUGCUUCUUCAGGAACAUUUCACAUUUUCUCUAACAUCUUAUAUCAAGAGGGCAUACAGGGACUGUACAGAGGCUACAAAAGCACUGUUUUAAGAGAGAUUCCUUUCUCACUGGUCCAGUUUCCCUUGUGGGAGUCCUUAAAAGCCCUCUGGUCCUGGAGGCAGGAUCAUGUGGUGGAUUCUUGGCAGUCAGCAGUCUGUGGAGCUUUUGCAGGUGGCUUUGCAGCUGCAGUCACCACGCCUCUGGACGUGGCAAAAACAAGAAUCAUGUUGGCUAAGGCCGGCUCCAGCACUGCCAGUGGGAACGUCCUCUCUGCCCUGCACGGAGUCUGGCGGACGCAGGGGCUGUCAGGAUUAUUUGCAGGUGUCCUCCCUCGAAUGGCAGCCAUCAGCCUGGGAGGUUUCAUCUUUCUCGGUGCUUAUGACCAAACUCGCAGCUUUCUGUUGGGACUUGGCGGAGAGAGGCCCUGAAUCAGAGGCGGCCCCUUCUUUCAGGAAAGGGUCCCGCUGUGAGAACCGUCUGCCUUCCGGUGAGCAGCUGCUGGGCCAUCUGAACCGCAGAACACGGCGCUGAAAUCCAGUCCUGCUUGGAUUGUGACACCAGGAACCCGUCUUCCGUGCUCCAGGCCGGCGGGAGAGGCGUCUUCAGCCUGUUCGCGGAGUUGAGAGGGAAGACGAUGUCCACAGCGGUACUUUGAACAGUUUUCUCAGACCCUUAAUAAAUCAGCGGCAGCGCUGAGUCCAGACUCUUCAGAGCCUUCGUUUGAUCUGUAUCCCACGCGAUGAAGGAUUCAGCCGAAGGUAGAGGUGGUUACAAUGUUCAAAGACAGGCUAGAAUGGGUACAGGAAGGAGACUUAGGGGAAAAGCUGGGGGUGUGGGUGGGUUUUUCCCCUCGGGUGGUUCCGAUUGCAUGAGCUUCCGGCCUCGUGUGAAGCGGGAACUACAGGUGCGUAGUGAGCGUUCUCGCUGGGCAGCCAGGCUGCUGCUCUCAGUGACCCUCAGCUUCCACCUCUACAAACACAACUGUAUUGUUUUACAGAGAAGUGUCCAGCAGCCCAUGUGUGAGAGAAAGCAGUCCUGGCUCAGGGACGGGCGGGCCCAGCUGGCCUCGGGCAGGCGGAGCCCUCGCUCGCCCACCUGGCUCUGUUCCAGACCCCAAGCAAGGGCCGGGGCGGGGCCGGCUCUGGAAGCAGGGUGGUUUCCUCCCUCCUCGGCAAGGGUUGCUCCUGGAGCUUUAAGCUCGACACUGGGCGUCAGAGAGAGGAAAAGGGAAGGCCACCCUUUUGGUGCUGAGCUAACAGGCUCCAGGUGUGAGAGAGAGUCAACAAGAAGCCUCAGGAAUCUAACGGUGUCAUCCCUGGAGCAACUCUGCUUCGACUAAAACUGUUCUUCUUUUCAGGGGGGAAAAAGGUAAUUAAAGGCAGGAGAAUGUCUGCCUUUGUAAGGGGAUCUCUGCACUUAAGUGUAAGAAGGACCCUACCACACCCCUCACAUUUUAUAAAUGAACCUUUAUUAAAGACACUUCAAUGCCAUUUGUUAGACACUUCAAUAUUUUACAUGUUUUUCAAUGUACAUUGUACCAAAAUUUCUAUAAAUAAAUAACUUUGUACAUAAAA